AUGAUUGUCCCGCGGUCCUGUCUGCGUAUUCGCACUCUGUUCACCGCGCUAUGCCUCGCAUCGCUAUUCAUCUGGACCCUCUCUCGCUGGCACUCCGAGUCUCCAACCUCCCUGCCCAAUUGGGGCCCCGCGUCAUCCCCGAAUGACCCUCCGGACCUGACAGAUGCCCAUCAGAAGUUCUGGUGGACAUUCCACGGGUAUCUCGAGAAAUACGCGCCAGGCACAAUGCCAAUCUUCGAGUAUGAGAAAGCCCCGACGGAGCGAUUCAACCCGGACGAUACCCGCGCACGACCAAACUAUCUCAGCGUGGACGACGAAGAUAUCACCGCGAUCAAAACUGCGCAUACGGGCUUCGUGGCUGCUAUCACGGGGGAAGACUCUGCACCGACUCUGCCCUAUAUCGCCGGCACAAAGGGCAUAGUCUCGACUGCGGGAGGCGUUUACCUGCCCGUGCUGGUGAUAUCUCUGCGCAUGCUUCGACGGACAAACUCAACGCUACCGAUGGAAGUCUUCCUCGCCGACGAAGACGAAUACGAAGAAUACAUCUGCGACGUGGUCCUCCCAUCGCUAAACGCGCGAUGCAUCGUCCUCUCGCGCAUUCUCGCCGCCGCGCCCGCAAGGAUAGAAAAAUACCAAUUCAAGCCCUUCGCCAUGCUAUUCUCCUCCUUCGAGGAAAUCCUCUUCCUAGAUGCAGACGCCUUUCCCCUCGGCAAACCCGAAACGCUCUUCCACGCAGACCCCUUCCGCUCCAUGGGCCUGGUAACAUGGCCCGAUUUCUGGGGGUCAACUGUGUCCCCGCUGUUCUACGAGAUUAUCGGUACGGCUGCGCCGCCGCUCGCUUUGCGCCACUCUACGGAGUCUGGCGAGGUUUUGGUGUCGAAAAAGACGCAUGCGCGUACACUUCUUCUCGCGACGUAUUAUAAUUAUUGGGGUCCGUCGCAUUACUGGCCGCUUCUCUCGCAGGGUGCUGCUGGUGAGGGCGAUAAGGAGACUUUCCUUGCGGCUGCGACGGCUAUGCAGCAGCCUUUCCACCAGGUUAGUGAGCCGAUUGUCGCGCUGGGACAUCGCAAGGAUAAAACGGGUGGGUUUGCGGGGUCGGCGAUGGCGCAGUUCAAUCCUAUCCAGGAUCAUGACCUGGUUCAGAGAGGAAAGUCGCGUGUGCGUGGUGAUGAUGCUCCCCAGCCAGAUGUAUUCUUCAUCCACGCCAAUUUCCCCAAGUUCAAUCCCGCCACGGUCUUCGAGGAACAUGAAGUCAAUCCAGCUUUCAAUGAUGAAGGGGAGUACACGCGGGCGUGGACGAUCCCGGAAGAAGUUGUGGGUAGAUUUAGCCAGAAAGAGGAUGUCGAAAAGGCGUUUUGGAAGGAGGUUAAGUGGACAGCGUGCGAGUUGGAGGAAAAGUUCGUUACAUGGCAGGAGUAUAGUGGGAUCUGCGACCGCGUCUCGGAUUACUGGCAGAAUAUCUUCGAGUGGAAGCCGUUGCCGACGUGA